AAAUUGUUAGUAUUUGUCAAAGACUUUUGUUAUUCCUUAUUAUUAGUGAUUUUUCUAUCUAAUUGGGAAUAAUCUUAAAACAUUUAUUGGUAUUUCAGCUGGAAAAUAUAUACGUACUUAUCUAUAUCUAAUUCAUAAACUUAAUAUUUAUUAAACAGAAAUUUAUAACAUUUAAAACUAUAUAAUAUAGGAAUUGAUUUGACACAGUAUAUAAACAUUAUACUGAUAAACAUAUUACAGCCAAAACGGUUUCAGUUGUUUUUGUUUACCGUCAAUCUGUGGCUGAAAAAUUAGAAUUUUUACGAAAUAGUAACUAUGACUCUAAGCAAAGUAUUACUUUCCACUGAUGUUGCAUUGGUAUGUGUACAACAUGCAUUAUCUACUGAGAAGGAAGAAAUAAUGGGACUACUCAUUGGGGAAGUAAACAACAAUGGUAAUGUGGUUUCCAUAGUGUCUUCUGUAAUUUUAAGACGAUUAGAUAAAAAACCAGACCGAGUGGAAAUAUCAGAGGAACAGUUAGUACAAGCAACAUUUAGAGCAGAGGCAUUAGCAGCUCAAGUGGGGCGACCAUUGCGAGUUGUGGGCUGGUAUCAUUCACAUCCACACAUAACAGUUUGGCCAUCACAUGUUGAUCUUGCUACUCAAUCAAUGUACCAAAGAAUGGAUCCUAGUUUUGUUGGUAUAAUAUUUGCAGUAUUUCUCACAGAACAGUCGUCUAAGGCACCAUCGGUACAAAUUACAUGCUUUCAGUCUCAUAACGAAGGUUCAACUCAAAGUAGAAGAGAAAUUGAAAUGAAAAUAGUAAAUGACAAUGAUUCUUUAUUAAUGAAUAACUUUGAGACACUAACUCAGCUGCCUGCAAUAUUGAAGGAAGAGGAAGAUGAAGCAUACAAUAAUGAAGUGGGCCAAAGUGAAACAGAUGAUAUUAUUAAUAAACAACAUAAUGCUGCUGUCAGAACUAUUGCAAUAGGACAUAUAGUUGAAAAGAUGUCACGACCUAUGUUAGAAGGUCUUGUUGCCCGAAAUGCACUUAACAACGUACGGCUACAAGCAUUAAAAAAACAGCACCAAGAACUAAUGUCAAGAUUAGAAAAUAUGUCCUGUAACAGUUAGUGUAUAACAAAUC